AUGCUUCUUUCUUUCUUUUUUCAGCUUAUUUCUUCUUUCUUUCUUUUCAAUUUUUUGCUUCUUUCAUUUUCAGCUUAUUCUUAUUGCUUCUUUCUUUUCUUUUCAAUUUUUCAUUUCUUUCUUUCUUUUUUUUCUUUUAAACACUUUUUCUUUUCAGCUUCUUAUUCUUUCUUUCUUUUCAGCUUCUUUUUUUCCUUUCAGCCUCCUUUCUUUCUUUCUUUUUUUUUGUUUUCUUUUUUUUUCAGCUUUAACUUCUUUUUUUUUCUUUUUCUUUCUUUCUUUUUUUUUCUUUUCAGCUUAUUUGCCUCUUUCUUUCUUUUUCAAUUAUUAACUUCUUUCUUUUUUUUUUUUUUCUUUCUAUCUUUUCUUCUUUUUUUCUUUUCUUUUCAGCUUACCACUUCUUCUUUUUUUUUUUUGCUUCUUUCUUUUUUUUCAGCUUCUUUUCUUCUUUUCUUUUUUUCUUUUCGUUCUUUCUUUCAACUUAUUGCUUCUUUCUUUCUUUUUUUCUCUUAUUGCUUCUUUCUUUUCUUUUCACCUUCUUUUUUUCUUUUCUUUCAUUUUUUCUUUUUUAGCUUAUUGCUUUCUGUUCUUUCUUUUCUUUCAGCUUACUGCUUCUUUCAUUUUUUUCAGCUUAUUUUCUUCUUUCUUUCUUUUCAGCUUUCUUUCCUUCUUCUUUCUUUUCAGCUUAUUUUUUCUUUCUUUCUUUUGUGCUUAUUGCUUCUUUCUUUCUUUUUCAUUUCUUUCUUUCUUUUUUCUUUUUUUACUGCUUAUUUUCUUUUCUUUUUCUUAGAUUAUUUUUCUUUCUUUUUUCCAAACUUUUUGCUUCUUUCUUUUUUUCAGCUUUUUCUUUCAUUUCUUCCUUCUUUCUUUCUUUUUUUCAACUUCCCUGCUUCUUUCUUUCUUUUUUCUUUCUUCUUUGCCACUUAUUGCUUCUUUCUUUCUUUUUUUUCUUUCUUCAUUUCUUUCUUUCUUUUUUCAGCUUUUGUCUUCUUUCUUUCUUUUUUCAGCUUUUGCUUCUUUCUUUUUCUUUCAAAACGUGCUUCUUUUCUUUCCUUCUUUUUUCAGCCACUUUCUUUCUUUUUUCUUUUUUUUCUUUCAUUUUCAGCUUACUUUCUUUCUUUCUUUUUUUUCAUUUUCUUUAUUUUCCAUUUUCUUUUUAUUUAUUUUUUCUUUUUUUUUUUUUUUCAGCUUUUUUCUUUCUUUCUUUUCUUUCUUUCUUAUUUUUUCUUUCUUUUUUUUUCAGCUUUUUUGUUCUUUCUUUUUUUUAUUUAUUUUUUUUUUUUUUUUCUUUCUUUUUUUUUCUUUUCUUUCUUUUCAGCUUAUUCCUUCUUUCUUUCUUUUUCAGCUUAUUGCUUUCUUUCUUUUCUUUUUUCUUUCAUACUUUUCUUUUUUUUUUUCAACAUUGCUUCUUUCUUUCUUUUCAGCUUAUUGCUUUUCUUUCUUUUUUUUAGCUUAUUCCUUUUCUUUCAUUUUCAGCUUUUUGCUUCUUUCUUUCUUUUCAGCUUUCUUCUUUUUCUUUUUUCAGCUUUUCCUUCUUUCUUUCUUUUUCAUAUUCUUCUUUCUUUCUUUUUUUCUUUCUUUCUUCUUUCAUUUUUUUUCAGCUUUUGCUUCUUUCUUUCUUUUUCUUUCUUUCUUUCUUUUCAGUUCUUGCUUCUUUCUUUCUUUUUUCAUUUUUCUUUCUUUUUCUUUCUUUCUUUCUUUCAGCUUACUGCUUUUUUCUUUUUUUUUUCUCUCAUUUUCUUUCUUUUUCAUUUGUCUUUCUUUCUUUCUUUCAGCUUUUUUCUUUUUAGUUCUUUUGUUUUUCUUUCUUUCUUUUUCUUUUUUCAAAUUCUUUCUUUCUUUUCAGCUUUUACUUUCUUUUCUUUCCAGCUUUUGCUUCUUUCUUUCUUUUUCAGCUUACUUUUAACUUUCUUUCAGCUUUUUUCUUUCUUUCUUUUGAUCAACCCUCAUUCUUUCUUUCUUUCUUUCUUUUCAAGGAACUUUCUUUCAUUUUCAGCUUCUUUUCUUUCUUUCUUUUUAAACUUUCUUUUCUUUCUUUUUUUUUUCUUUCUUUCUUUCUGCUUUCAGAACACCUUUUUUUUUUUUCACUUUCUUUCUUUCUUUCUUUCUUUUUUUUUCUUUUGCUUCUUUCUUUUUUCUGUCUUUCCUUUUCAAUUCUUCGUUUCUUUCUUUUCUUUUUCUUUCUUUUUCAACUUCUUUCUUUCUCUCUUUCUUUUUCAGCUUCUUUCUUUCUUUCUUUUUUCAGCUUACUUUCUUUCUUUCAGCUUUUUUCUUUCUUUCUUUUUCAGUUUACUGCUUCUUUCUUUUUUUUCAGCUUAUUGCUUCUUUUUCUUUCUUUCUUUUUCUUUUGGCGGCAGCUUUUUCUUCUUUCUUUUUUUCAGCUUAUUGCUUUUUCUUUCUUUUGCGGAAGAACUUUUUCCACUUAUUUUUUUCUUUCUUUUUUUUUUUUGUCUGAAUUUUCUUUUCUUCUUUCAUUUUUCAAUUUUUUUCAAGACUUCUUUCUUUUUUUCAAACUUAUUUAUUCUUUCAUUCUUUUUUCAGCUUCUUUCUUUCUUUUUUCAGCUUAUUCUUUCUUUCUUUUCUUUCUUUUUCUUUCUUUUUUUUCUUUUUCUGCUUCUUUUUUAUUUCAGCUUAUUCUUCGUUUCUUCUUUCUUUUUUUUUUUUUUCUUUUUAUUGCUUCUUUCUUUCUUUUCAGCUUACUUCUUUCUUUUCUUCUUUCAGCCUUAUUUUUCUUCUUUCUUUCUUUUCUUCUUACUUUCUUUCUUUCUUUCUUUUUCUUUCUUUCUUUUCUGUUCUUUUCUUUCUUUCUUUUUUCUUUCUUUUCAUUUUCAGCUUCUUCUUCUUUCUUUUCUUUUUUCUUUCUUUCUUUCUUUUCUUUCAUCUUUCUUUCUUUCUUUUCAGCUUACUUUCUUUCUUUCUUUUUUUUUCUUUCUUUUUCUUUCUUUCUUUUUCAGCUUAACGUCUUCUUUUUCUUUUUCUUAUUCUUUCUUUCUUUCUUUUUUUUUUCAACCCAUUUUCUUUUUCUUCUUUUUUCAGCUAUUUAUUCUUUCAUUUUCAGGCUUUUUUUCUUUCUUUCUUUUUCAUCUUGUCUUUUCUUUCAUUUUCUGCUUAAAUGCUUCGUUCUUUCAUUCUUUUCUUUCUUUCUUUUAUCUUUCUUCUUCUUUCUUUCUUUCUUUUUUUCUUUCAGCAACCUUCGUCUGCUUCUUUCUUUCUUUUUUCUUUCUUUCUUUUUUCUGUUUAACGCUUAAAUUUUUCUUUCUUUCUUUUUACUUUCUUUCAUUUUUUUCUUUUCUUUUUGCUUCUUUCUUUCUUUUUUUCUUUUUACUGCUUUUCUUUUUCUUUCCUUUUCUUUCUUUCUUUCUUUCUUUUUCUUUUACUUCUUCUUUCUUUUUCAGCUUAUUGCUUCUUUCUUUCUUCUUUGCCUGCUUUUUCUUUUUUUCAGCUUUUCUUUCUUUUUCUUUCUUUUUCAUUUCUUCUUUUCUUUCUUUCUUUCUUUUCAGCUUUCUUUCUUUUUUCUUUCUUUUGUUUCUUUCAUUUUCUUAUUGCCUCUUUCUUUCUUUUCAACUUCUUUUCUCUUUCUUUUUCAUUUUCUUUUUUUUUUUCAACUUCUUCUUCUUUCUUUUUCUAUUAUUUCUUUCUUUCUUUUUUUCAGCUUUUUUCAUCUUUCUUUUCUUUUCUUUCUUCUUUCUUUCUUUCUUUUCUUUUUUCUUCACCUUUCUUUCUUUUCUUUUUUUUUCUUUUUUUUUUUCUUUUUUUUUCUUUUUUUCUUUCUUUCUUUUUCAGCUUUUCUUCUUCUUUCUUUUUUUUCUUCUUUCUUCUUUCAUUUUCUUUCCUUCUUUCUUUCAUUUUCAGCUUUUUUUUCUUUUUUCUUUCUUUUUUCUUUCUUCUUUUCUUUUUUUCUUUCUUUCUUUUUCAGCUUCUUUUGUUCUUUCUUUUCUUUUUUUUUUUCUUUCUUCUUUCUUUCUUUUUCUUUCUUCUUUCUUUCUUUCUUUUUCAGCUUUCUUUUUCAGCUUUCUUUUUUUUCAGCUUUUUUUCUUUUCUUUUCUUUUCUUUUCUUUCUUUCUUUCUUUCAGCUUUCUUUCUUUCUUUUUAUUUCUUUCUUUUUCUUUCUUUUCAGCUCUUUUCUUUUUUUUUUAUUCAACUCAUUCUUUCAUUUUUUCAGCUUCUUUCUUUCUUUCUUUUUCUUUUAUUGCUUUUUCUUUUUCUUUUUUCUUCUUUCUUUUCCAUUUCCAUUUUUUUCAUUUUCAGCUUAUUGCUUUCUUUCUUUUCAGCUUUUUUCUUUCUUUCUUUUUCCUUUCUUUCUUUUCUUUCUUUUUUCUUUCUUUUCUGCUUCUUUCUUUUUUUUCAGCUUUGCUUCUUUUUCUUUUCUUUAAAAUUUUCUUUUCUUUUCUUCUUUUUUUUUUUCAGCUUUUCUUCUUUCUUUCUUUUCACUUAUUUUUUUCUUUCUUUUUUCAGCUUAUUUCUUCUUUCUUUCUUUUUUUUCUUUCAUUUUCUUUCUUUUCAGCUUAUUCCUUCUUUCUUUCUUUUUUCAGCUUUAUUUUCUUUCUUUUUCAGCUUAUUGCUUUCUUUCUUUUUCUUUUCAGCUUCUUUUCUUUCUUUCUUUUUUUCUUUUUUUUCUUUCUUUCUUUUUUCUUUAUUCUUUCAUUUCAUUUCGUUCUUUCUUUUUUCAGCUUAUUUCUUUCUUUCUUUCUUUUUUCAGCCACCUUCUUCUUCUUUCUUUCUUUUCAAUCUUUCUUUCUUUCUUUCUUUUUUUCAGCCUAUUUCUUCUUUCUUUUCAGCCUAUUCUUCUUUCUUUUUCUUUGCUUCUUUCUUUUUCAGCUUAUUUUUCUUUUCUUUUUUCUUAUUGCUUCUGUCUUUCCUUUUUCAGCUUACUCUUUCUUUUUUUCAGCUUAUUGCUUUUCUUUUUCCAGCUUAUUGUUCUUUCUUUCUUUUUUGUCUUACUGCUUCUUUUCUUUUCUUUCUUUUUCUUUUUUUCAGCUUACUUCUUUCUUUCUUUUACUGCUUUCAACAUUAUUGCUCUUUCUUUAUUUUCAGCUUAUUGCUUCUUUCUUUCUUUCUUUUUCAGCUUAUUACUUCCUUUAUUUUCAGCUUAUUGCUUCUUCGUUAGUUAUUCAGCCCAUUGCUUCUUUCUUUCUUUUUCAGCUUAUUGCUUCUUUCUUUCUUUUUGAGCUUAUUACUUUCUUUUUUUCAGCUUAUUGCAUCUUUCUUUCUUUUUCAGCUUAUUACUUCUUUCUUUUUUUCAGCUUAUUACUUCUUUCUUUCUUGUUCUGCUUAUUACUUCUUUUUUUAUUUUCAGCUUAUUGCUUCUUUCUUUCUUUUUCAGCUUACUGCUUCUUUCUUUUCAGCCUACUGCAUCUUUCUUCAUUUUUCAGCUUAUUGCUUCUAUAUUUCAUUUCGUUCUUUCUUUCCUUCUUUUUUCUUUUUUCAGUUUUAUUACUUCUUUCUUUUUUUCAGCCCUAUUGCUUCUUUCUUUCUUUUUCAGCUUUCUUUUCAGCUUCUUUCUCUUUUUUCUUUUUUUAUUACUUCUUUCUUUCUUUUUUUCAGCUUAUUACUUCUUUCUUUUCAAUAAACCAGCUUUUUUCUUUUCUUUCUUUCUUUCUUUUUCAGCUUAUUGCCUCUUUCUUUUUUUUCAGCUUAUUGCUUCGUUCUUUCUUUUUCAGCUUAUUGCUUCUUUCUUUCUUUUUCAGCUUACUGCUACUAUCUUUCUUUUUCAGCUUAUUACUUCUUUGUUUAUUUUCAGCUUAUUGCUUCUUUCUUUCUUUUUCAACUUAUUACUUCCUUUAUUUUCAGCUUAUUGCUUCUUCGUUAGUUAUUCAGCCUAUUGAUUCUUUCUUUUUCAACUUAUUAUUUCUUUCUUUCUACUUCUUUCUUUCUUUCUUUUUCAGCUUCUUGCCUCUUUCUUUCUUUUUGAGCUUAUUACUUUCUUUUUUUUUCAGCUUCUUUCUUCUUUUUUUUUUCUUUCUUUAUUUUCAGCUUCUUCUUUCUUUCUUUUUAAGCCUGCUUCUUUCAUUUUCAGCUUUCUUUUUUUUUCAGGUUACGGACUUUCAUUUUCAACUUAUUUCUUCUUUCUUUCUUUUUUUACUUACUGCUUCUUUCUUUCUUUUCAAAACAUUGCUUCUUUCUUUCUUUUUCUGCUUACUGCUUCUUUUCAUUUUCAGCUUCUUUCAAAUUUCUUUCUUUUUCUGCUUCUUUCUUUCUUUUUCUUAUUGCUUCUUUCUUUCAUUUUCAGCCAUUUUCUUUCAUUUUCAGCUUAUUGCUUCUUUCUUUUUUUUCAGCUUUUUUUCAUUUUUCAGCUUAUUGCUUCUUUCUUUCUUUUUCAGCUUACUGCUUCUUUCUUUCUUUUUCAGCUUACUGCUUCUUUCAUUUUCAGCUUAUUGCUUCUUUCUUUCUUUUUCAGCUUAUUGCUUCUUUUUUCUUUUUCAGCUUAUUGCUUCUUUCUUUCUUUUUCAGCUUAUUGCUUCUUUCUUUCUUUUUCAGCUUACUGCUUCUUUCUUUUUCAGCUUAUUGCUUCUUUCUUUCUUUUUCAGCUUACUGCUUCUUUCAUUUUCAGCUUAUUGCUUCUUUCUUUCUUUUUUCUUACUGCUUCUUUCAUUUCAUUGCUUUCUUUUUUUCCUGCUUUCUUUUCUUUCUUUUUCAGCUCUCUUCUUUUCUUUUCAGCUUUCUUUCAUUUUUUCAGCUUCCUUCAUCAUUUUCUUUUCUUUCUUUCUUUUUUUUCAACAUGCUUCUUUCAUUUCAGCUUAUUGCUUCUUUCUUUUUUUUCUUUUUGCUUCUUUCAUUUCAACAAAUUGCUUCUUUCUUUCUUUUCAGCUUCUUUUCUUUCUUUCUUUUCAGCUUAUUGCUUCUUUCAUUUUCAGCUUAUUUCUUCUUUCUUUCUUUCUUUUCAACUUACUUUUUCUUUCUUUUCAGCUUCAAGAAUUUUCAGCUUCCAUUAUUGCUUCUUUCUUUUUCAUCUUAUUGCUUCUAUCUUUCAUUUUCAGCUUCUUGCCUCUUUCUUUCUUUUUGAGCUUAUUACUUUCUUUUUUUCAGCUUAUUGCAUCUUUUUUUUUCAGCUUAUUGCUUCUAUCUUUCUUUUUCAGCUUAUUACUUCUUUCUAUUUUUUCAGCUUAUUGCUUCUUUCUAUCUUCUUCAGCCUAUUGCUUCUUUCUUUCUUUUUCAGCUCAUUACUUCCUUUAUUUUCAGCUUCUUGUUUCUUUCUUUCUUUUUCAGCUUCUUGUUUCUUUCUUUAUUUUUCAGCUUCUUGCUUCUUUCUUUAUUUUUCAGUUUCUUGCUUCUUUCUUUAUUUUUCAGCUUAUUGCUUCUUUCUUUUUCUGCUUAUUGCUUCUUUCUUUCUUUCUUUUUCAGCUUAAUGCUUCUUCCUUUUUCAUCUUAUUGCUUCUUUCUUUAUUUUCAGCAUAUUGCCUCUUUCUUUCUUUUUCCGUUUAUUGCUUCUUUCUUUCUUUUUCAGCUUAUGUUGUCUCAUUGCUUCUUUCUUUCUUUUUCAGCCUAAUACUUCUUUCUUUCUUUUUCAACUUAUUGCCGCUUUCUUUUUUUUCAGCUUAUAACUUCUUUCUUUUUUUUUUUUUUUUUUUUGACGCUUAUUGCUUCUUUCUUUCUUUUUCAGAUUAUUGCCUCUUUCUUUCUUUUUCAGCUUAUUACUUCUUUCUUUCUCAGCCUAAUACUUCUUUCUUUCUUUUUCAACUUAUUGCCGCUUUCUUUUUUUUCAGUUUAAUUCUUCUUUCUUUUUCAGUUUAUAACUUCUUUCUUUCUUUUUUUUUUUUGACGCUUAUUGCUUCUUUCUUUCUUUUUCAGCUUAUUCUUUUCUUUUUCAGCUUAUUACUUCUCUCUUUCUUUUUCAGCUUAUUCUUUACUUCUUUCUUUCUUUCCUUUUGCUCUUGUAAGAGGGUUACGGUUAACCCUAACCCUUUCUCACAAAAGCAGGAGCCACCAUUUGGCGCAUUUAUUUAUUAA